CAAUGGAGGCUUUGGUGAUUGUGCAGGAUCCACCCCCAGCUUCCCAGCGUGUCCCCUCUGCGGGCUGGAUCCGGGUGGCUGCUUGGGGGUGGGGCGGGGGGCCCUGAAUGGGCCCCUUGUCUCAACUCUGGGUGUGGGCCAGGCUCCCCGGGCACACAGUGCCCUCGCCAGGCCUGGCCGGCCUCCGUGGCCUCCACCCCCAGCUGGCUGAGGAUGGGGCCCUGUGGGUGAGCAGGCCCCUCCCUGACAGCCUCGGCUCCAGCCCAAGCGGAAGAGGCAGGUAGGGAGAUGGACCCCAUCUAGUGGGGAAGCAGGGAAAGCAGCAGCCUCCACUUCAGGAGACCCCCGGCCCCACUAGGGGGGACCUGCUGAGAGUGGGAUCCUGGAGGCAGACCUGGUUUGGACUCCCUGCCCUGUGGGCUCCAUAGAUUUAUGACUUGGGCAGGUUCUUUGGUUUUUCUGAAUCGCAGCUUCCUCCUGGGUAAAAUGGUACUGACAAUAAUACCUACCUGAAGGGCAGCUGGGAGGGUUACAUGACAUCAAACAUGGGAAAUGCCCAAGGAGUACCAGGCACUCAAUAAAUGUUAGUUUUCCUUCCUUGGAUUCGGGGGAAGGAGGGCCAAGGGCGCAGGGAUUGGCUCCGGGGAUCCUGGAAGGGUCUCAGGUGUUGGGGUCAGGGCCAGGCAGGCUCUCACAAUGGGCUAGAACUCUCCCUCCCUCUGGGUUCUCAUCUGCUUUGACUCCUCUCCCGGUCCCGGGGAGGGGAGGAAGGGCCUAAGAUGAGUCACUGAGGGGAUUUUUCCUCCUGGAUUCUCUAUUUCUUUCUUCACUGCUAUGCUAGAGGCUCCCCAGAGACCCCUGAGGUGGCGGCCACUGGCCUGCAGCCUGUCCUCCUCCCCAGUGAACUAAAUGCUGGUUCUGCCCCCUACUUGGGGCUUGUGUAUCGGAAGAAAUGGCUGUGGUCAUGAGGUUCUUCCGAUGGACUUGGCGCAAGAUUAGUCGCUGGGUUUUCUUCUGGAAACACAAAGCUAAGUCAACCAUCGUAGAACGCACUGACUCCAAGAAAAAUGAGUUGAAGGUGGAGAAGACUUCCAAGGUGUCUGAGACUUUCAAGUUGGUUGAGUCCCCCAAGGAGGCUAAGGUCUCCAAGAUGGAUGUGUCCUCCAAGGUAGCUGACCCCUGCGUGUUGGCCAAGACCACCGCGGACGGGGCUGCAGUGGAGGCGGGCCACGGGCAGAGAUCGCUGUUGCAGCUGCCCCGGACUGCCGUCAAAUCUGUCUCCACACUCAUGGUCUCCGCCCUGCAGUCUGGCUGGCAGAUGUGCAGCUGGAAGAUCAGCAUGUUUUCUACCUCAGUCACCUCCCAAAUGAAGACCGAGUCCCCUUUGGAGGCGAGAGGGACUGAGGUACUGCGGGAAGUGUACCUGGUGCUGUGGGCUAUUCGGAAACAACUGCAGCAGCUGGCCCUCAGGCAGGAGAGGCUGCGACGGCGCCACAUCCGGGCCCACAUCUGUCCCCAACCUGAUCCAGUUCAGGGCUUGAAACAGGAUUCCCAGAGUCCCCUCUAGGGGGGAACCCCACAUCCUCAGAAAGCCCCCACCUCACUCUUAAGUAAGGUUGAUAGGAGAGGUUAAGGCAGCAGGCCAGGAGUUGUGGGUGAGGAGAAGUUUUCAUACCAUCACCUCUCAUCGGGACCCCAAGGCCUGGCCUGGGGUCCCACGUACUCCCCUUCAUUCCUUUUAUUCAAUUUGUAAAAAAUUAUCAAAAUGUUGGGAAAUAA